CACCGUAUGACGAUUGGAAAAACGGUUGAACUCUCAUUGUUACAAUUAACAGAACAUAAUGAGUUUUCCACAAAAUAACAUGUCGUCCAUUGGAACGGUUUAGGCCUUAGAUUAUAAAAAAAGAGAAAAUCGAGAGAAUUUAAUGAGGUAUCGCCUGUUAACUUUCUUUUAGUGUUUUAUAUUAGAAAAGAUGGUUCAAUAUUGGACGGAUCGUGGAUAAAUAUAAGAGGCGCGUUAACGGUAAUAUUGGAGAUUUAUAUUACAUUUGAUUAUUGCGAUGAUACACAUUAUCGUGUGAUAAGUUGGCUAUUUACGGUGUAUUGAGAUGCUGUGCGGUCUGUCUGUCGCUGCGAUAACAUAGAUAGAUAGUGGACAGUAGCUGUCGUACUAUAGAGUCUCCGAUAUACCUAUAGUUUUACAACAGUGCUCCGUACGCCCUCAGUUUACUGUCGUCAAUGAAAAUUGAGUGGAGACAUUUCAAUUCUCGGAAUGGAAAAAAAUGACACCAGGCAGGUAGAGUGUACAAGAAUUCUGCUCCAAGAUGACGGAGAUUUUAACACCGUCCGGACAUGUGACAAAAAGGCAUGCUGGAGAUCCAAGAAAAAGAGCGCCAAGUUACUGUGUCUAGCGCUUCUAUAUGUGGGGUUUGUUGUGUGUAAUGUUCUAAGUCGGGUGUACAACGAAAUCCAAAAACAGGAAGUGGACGGGUAUAAUGAGGUCAUACGGGUCAAAAGAAACGCCGAAAUUGAUGUCCUGAAAAUUAACGGAUCGCUGGAACAAGAUUUUCAAGAUGAUUUGGAGGAAAAGAACUGUACAGAACGCUCCGUGGAAGAGUUCCCCGGAAAUUUUAUGUCUUUCGAGGAAACUCGGGAUGGGGGCGUGUUCGCUCAUAUUCUUAUUGUUCUUUACGUAUUUGGAGCCUUAGCCAUUGUGUGUGACGACUACUUUUGUGCUUCUUUAGAAAUUAUAUGUGACGAGUUGAAUCUACAAGAAGAUGUCGCAGGUGCUACAUUUAUGGCGGCUGGCAGCUCAGCUCCAGAAUUCUUCACGGCUUUAAUAGGUGUCUUUAUCGCCGAGAGUGACGUGGGGGUAGGGACAAUUGUUGGAUCAGCCGUCUUCAACAUCCUAUUUAUUAUAGGAGUUUGUGGACUCUUUGCAGGAAUGAUUGUGCGGUUAACCUGGUACCCGGUCCUACGUGACACUGUCUUCUACCUCCUAUCCGUUACAGCGCUAAUCCUCACCAUAUACGACAACGAAGUUCAGUGGUACGAAGGCUUUAUCCUGGUAGCCAUGUAUAUUAUGUACAUCAUUUUGAUGUAUUUUAACAAAUCAAUUGAACCCUUCAUGGAGGGACUACUCAAGAAAAUCAAGGCCCGAAAACACGCCAAAAAACAUCGACACGAAGACCAUAACUCCAACCAAACCGAGGCUGCCAAACCUCUGUAUUAUGAAAACAGCAAAUCAACACCUAAUGGUUCCCCCAACUCAAACGACGAUGAAACAACAUUUAGUGUUAGAAAAGAGGAGGAAGAGGAAAGUGUUAGCGAGGAUAAAGAUACUGAUGAGGACGAGAGAGAUUUCCACCCACCAGAGGGGCACAAAGAUUCCAAAGAGUACGAGUCUCCGUGGAAAAUUCCAGACACGUUCCCAAAGCGCGUGUUUUGGGUGGCCAUGAUUCCAAUGCACGCCAUGUUCUUCGUAACUAUUCCGGAUUGUCGGCGGCCCGGUAAAUGGCACAAGACGUACCCCUUGACCUUUGUGAUGUCGAUUGCAUGGAUCGCCGGGUUGUCUUACAUCAUGGUAUGGAUGGUGACUGUUGCAGGUGAUGCCCUAGAAAUUCCGGAGACAGUAAUGGGACUCACUCUGUUAGCAGCAGGUACCAGUGUACCAGACUGUCUUUCAAGUCUCUUUGUAGCAAGAGACGGUUUAGGAGAUAUGGCGGUCUCUAACUCCAUAGGGAGCAAUGUAUUUGACAUUUUGAUGUGUUUGGGUCUCCCCUGGUUGUUAAAAUCCCUCAUCCUAGAAAGUGGAGACCCCAUCCCUAUAAAAAGCGAAGGACUGACUUAUUCCGCCAUUACUUUGUUAUCAACAGUUGUAUUCCUAAUCAUCGCCAUGUUUGUUACAAAAUGGCGGCUAAACAAAAAGUUCGGUGUCGUUUGUUUGUUGGUUUACGUUGUUGUAAUAGUCUUUUCCUGUCUUUAUGAACUGAAUGUAUUCGGAAACUUCAACGUAGCCGACUACUGUCCGAGGGAAUGAUUUAUAUACCUGGUAGUUCAAGAGAAACGUCACGUAAAAAAAAAAGAUAUAAUAUAAAAUUUACUAGACAAGUACUCAAUCAUAUUGCAAAAUGUUUUUUAAACAGAGACUUCUUCAAAGUG